AUGGCCGCGUUGCGCCUAUGGCGCCAUGCCGACGAGAGAACCAAGAAGGACGAUGACCUUGUCUUGCCCAGGCACUCCAGCCGUGGCCGUGGCUAUGGCGCGCAGUGGCAGUCUGCCAGAAUGCCUCGUCGAUCCUGCACCAGGCGCGUUGCAGCAUAUGCGCUUAUCGUCGUGGCACUUGUGUACCUCUUCAGCCGCGUCAACUCUUCAGAUUCGACCGCCCUGCCGAGAAACAGACGCGACCCCGACGCCCUCGACGCCGCUGACAACCAUCGCCUGGAUCCGGUCGGGACGCCGCAAGCCGACGAUGCGCCCAAGGGGCCGUCGCACCCGCACCAGCCGCCUCCGGCCGAGGUUGAUGAAGGACAGAAAGGCAUUACACGGCCAAAAAGGCCUGCAGGUCAAGGGGAAGACCAAGGGGACAAGCUUGCCCACGGCCACCCCGAGUCUCCUCCGGGCCCAAUCAGAUUUCCUGCGCUCGCGUCGUCACUCACUGCCAUCGCAUCGACGGAUGGAGCUUCCCCCAAGAAUCGCAACGUCCUAUUCGCGGCUGCCAGUCUGAAGAGCGCUUCCACGUUGCUACCUAUGGCAUGCGACAUGGCAACGGAGCGCCGGAGCUAUGUUCACUUUGUCUUUAUCGGCACGGCAGAUAUUACCACGCAAGACCUCCUCGAGGUCAACGGUAUCGACGAGACGUGCCAGCUCAUUGUACACGAUGCUCGCCCGGACCACUUCGGUGCGUCGACUGAAAAUCGCAUGUCCUCGGCCGUUGUGAAAGCCCUGCAUUUUGUUCAUCUCUAUAUGCACCCGCAAGCGAUACUUGUAGAUUCAACAAAAGCCGAAGAGGCCUACUUUCUCCGUGCGGUCCGAGAACAAGUUUCGUCCACUCAAUCUGCCCUUGUAGAGCUCCCCGAGCGUCCUCGACCAAGUCUCUCGUGGAUGUCCAAAUUGGAUUCGGCAGCUCUUUCAGCUUGGAACAAAGUUCGAUUCGACAUCUUGAUUCAUGCGACCGCCACUGGUGCUGCAAACCUCCAGAGGUUGCUGAGAUCGAUUGCGAGGGCAGACUUGACCGGCAUUCAGACUCCACACAUUAUUGUUGAGCUUCCAUACGCCACGGACGCGGCUCUGGAGUCGUACCUUGCAAACUUCAAAUGGCCGCCCUCAACUUCCGACGGACAGAGUCCGCAGAUGAUAUCGCUCCGUCGUCGAAUUACGCGGCAGCCGAUGGACGAGGAGGAUGGCUCCGUGCGCUUUGUCGAAUCAUUCUGGCCGACUGAUGCUCAGCAUUCUCAUGUCUUGGUGCUGGCGUCUCACACGGAGGUUACGCCGCAAUUCUUUCAAUACGUGAAAUAUUCGCUUCUGCAUCAGCUUCACUCAAACGUUGCACGGACGAGAGAUGACGACGCAAGCCUACUGGGCAUCAGUCUCUCCGUGCCAACGACUUUGAUGGACGGGACACAGUCUUUCAGCCCCCCUGAGCCACUCCGCGGUGACAAAGAAGGGUUGGGUGAGACUGCGUUCUUGUGGCAACGACCUAACAGCGAGGCCAUGGUGUUCGUGGGCGAAAAGUGGGUAGAACUGCAUCACUUCGUGGCCCAAACACUGUACAAGAAACGGUCAUUGCCGUCAAUACCCGCGCUGCUCGCAAAGAAGGAGGUGAGCAAGAAGUAUCCCGCGUGGCUGGAAUAUGCCCUGCGGUUGUCUCGUGUAAGAGGAUACUUUACACUGUAUCCCAGCCGUCAAACGGCGGAAGCCAUCAUCGGCGUACACUACGAAAUCCCCAACGCACCAGAAGAGUACCUCAAGGAUCAGUCGGGACCAAAACCGCCCAAGGACUACUCCGACGAAGGCAGCGACGACUUUGACCCAGUAUCUCCAGUCGACAUGCUGGAGACACUACCUCACAACGGGGAGCUGCAACUGCCCCGCGAUCUAGCGCUGUUGUCGUGGGACGGCAAGAUGAAGACGGAAGCCAGUUUUACUCGGGAUGCAAGCGAAUACACCACCUUGUUCCGGAGGGAGGUUGGUGGGUGCGGGGAAGACGAUUUGGAGAGCCCUCCAGCUCCGAACAGGAUGGCUGUGGACCUGUUCUGCAACCACGCAAAGUGA